CACCCUGGCGUACACAGGUGUAUUGUGUUUGUGGCAUACUAGCGGUGGGGGGUUACUCAAGGCUGGGCAACAGCAGGUCACAUGAUGAAAGAGACCCGAGAGAAGAGAAAUCAGGUCAUGUCAGGUCACACGCAGAUAAGCACAUGUACUCUCAUGCGACAGCUUUAUCUUCAAUGAGGUUCUUACCAUAAAACACUCAGACACAAUGGCCUCGCUGUGUAACGGGACGCCGGUAUGGGACACAAACCUGACCUGGUACAACACAUGGCCUCAGUUCACAGACUGCUUCCAGUCCACGGUGUUGGUGUGGGUGCCAUGUGGGUGGUUGUGGCUGACGUCGCCGUUCUAUCUCUACUACCUCCUGAACGUCACACCGACGUCUCUUUCUUCAUAUUGGAAAUACUACAUGAAAAUGAUGGUGUGUGGACUGCUGGUGCUUGUGUCAGCUGUGGAGAUAAUUCGGGCGUCAUCUGAAGAGCAUGCUGGGAAUUUUUCAGCAAACUAUAUUGCACCCAUAUUAAAGACCAUCACGUUUGUCUACGCCAUGGUGUUGCUGUUCCUGGAAAGGAGGAAGGGUCUCACCACAUCUGGAGUGUUCUUCAUAUUCUGCGUCAUUCUGACUGUGGCUGCAGUAGUGCCGUUCUACACCAACAUUAUACAAGAGGAAUACGACGUAGACAUGUUUAAGUUCUGCAUGUUCUACGUUUACUUUGCUCUGGUCAUCGUGGGCCUGAUACUAAGUUGCUUUGCGGAGUCAUCACUUCAGGACAAGAGAGCUUCACCUGAAGUGUCGGCUUCGUUCUUGUCCAGAAUCACCUUCUGGUGGGCAAACAGCCUCAUACUGAGAGGAUACAAAAAAGUGUUGACUGAGAAUGAUGUGGACGACCUUCACCCCCGGGACUUGUCCGCCAACAACGUGCCCCGGUUUCUAUCUGCCUGGGAAAAGGAAGUAUCUAGGGACCAUAUCAGUCCCAGUCUUGCGCAUGUAGAGCACGAUGUUGCUUAUUCCAAGAGCAAUGGAGUUAGUGUUGAAGACUGCAAUGAAAGGACACCGCUGAUCUCCAGAUCGACCAGUAACAAGGAUAUCAAAGAUCCACCCAGCUACGACAAAAAGUUGAGAGGGAAGAUUUCUUUGAUGAAAGUAUUGUGGAAAGCCUUAGGAUUCGAAUUCCUGCAGUCUCAGAUUUGGAAGCUGUUCUACGAUUUGCUGUAUAUCACAAACCCGCUGCUUUUAGGAGAGUUGAUAAACUUCACAGAGGACAAGGCAGCGCCUUCAUGGAAGGGUUACGCUCUUGGGGUGAUCCUAUCCUGUUCCAUCCUCAUCCAGUCUCUCAGCUUCCAAGCUACCUGGCACCAGUCUUACUCGAUGUCUCUGAGAUUCAGAGCUAUAGUUAUCUCAGCACUAUAUAGAAAGGCCCUUACUAUGAAUAUCCAAUCUCGGCGUGAGUCCACUGUUGGAGAGAUCGUAAAUUUGAUGUCGGUGGACACUGAGCAUAUCCGACUCAUGAUCCAGUGGUUCUGGGGCAGUUGGUCAAGCGUUCUCCAGAUGGUCCUUGCCCUGUACCUGCUGUUUAACACUCUUGGGCUGGCCAUGUUGGCGGGUCUGGGGCUGAUGGUCGUCAUCAUGCCUUUGAACUACGUCAAUAUGACCUUCUGGGAUAAGUUUCAGAGCAGCGUGAUGAAGUUCAAGGACAACAGGAUGAAGAUUAUUAAUGAAGUCUUGAAUGGUAUUAAGAUUCUCAAACUAUAUGCCUGGGAACCAUCCUUCCAGGGGAAAAUCACCGAUGUUCGAGAGAAUGAACUCAAGGGUCUUUGGAAGAUCUCUAUACUUCAUGCUAUGAUGAUGUUUAUUUUUACGCUGGCUCCAUAUCUAGUGACGUUGGUGACCUUCCUGACGUAUAUCUACACAGCUCCAGGUCACUACCUCAGCCCAAAGACAGCCUUUGUAGCUGUGGCCCUACUAAACAAUCUUAGAUUUGCGAUGCUUGUCCUCCCAGAAAUCAUAGCUGACUUUGUGAGGGCAAAUGUUUCUAUUAAGAGGAUUGAAAAGUAUCUAAACAACGGCGAUUUAGAUGACAACAGCGUGCAGAGGAGUAACAGACAUGAUGAAGCAGUGACUGUCACUGAUGCUACAUUCAUAUGGAAUGAAGAGAUGGGACCAACCUUGAAAGACAUCAAUCUGAAAGUUAAGACUGGACAGCUGGUGGCCGUUGUGGGUCAGGUCGGUGCGGGGAAAUCAUCUCUCAUCUCAGCUAUGUUUGGUGAGAUGCACAAAUGUAAAGGACAAGUGUGUUUGAAGGGAAAACUUGCCUAUGUACCUCAACAAGCCUGGAUCCAGAACGACACCCUGCAGAACAACAUCCUGUUCGGGAAGUCCAUGAACAGAGAGCGCUAUGAUGAGGUGGUGGAGUGCUGCGCCCUGACUCCAGACCUGGAGAUGUUACCUGGAGGAGACAUGACGGAGAUAGGAGAGCGGGGUAUCAACUUGAGUGGAGGGCAGAAGCAGAGAGUGUCUCUAGCCAGAGCUGUGUACAACGACGCCGACGUUUAUCUGCUGGAUGAUCCACUCAGUGCUGUCGAUAGUCACGUGGGGAAACAUAUAUUUGAUAAGCUCAUCUGCAGCAAGGGCCUCCUUGCAAAGAAGACGCGAAUAUUGGUCACUCACGGCAUCCACUGGCUCCCAGAGAUGGACGCUAUCCUUGUGAUGACCAGUGGUCAGAUAUCAGAAAAGGGGACGUAUGAGGAGCUUCUGCAGCAUAACGGACCCUUUGCCCAGUUCCUACAAACUUACCUCCUAGAAAGUAAGGAUAACAACGACGAUGACCCAGAAGAGAUGGAGAUGAAGCGCAUGGUGCUCCAACGACUCGAGUCCGUAACAUCAGAAGAGGACACUGAAGGUGGAGUGAAAAUAGCCCGCCUAAAAUCACUGACAGAAUCACUUGAGAAGAGCUAUGAAAUGAAGAAGAGGAAAAAGGAUCUCAAGGAGGAGGUUAAACAGGAGAGUAAGCUGGUGGAGGAGGAGAAGGUAGAGGAAGGGAAGGUACCAUGGCGCGUGUAUGGUGUGUAUGCCCGAGCAGUUGGGAUGGGCUUCUUGAUAUUCUGUUCCCUUCUGUACGUCGUGUAUCAAGCCGCCUCUGUGACGUCUAGCAUAUGGCUCAGUCAGUGGACGGACAACCCUGACCUCAACAACCUGACGUUCUAUCCCGCAAACAGCUCCCAGAGACUUGAGAAGAACAACUAUUACCUUGGAGUGUACGGAGGAUUCGGUGUGAUGCAAGCUGUGUCCAUGCUGACCUUCACCUUCCUGUGGGGUUUCCGGUCUGUUCACGCGGCACGUGUUCUGCAUCACGGAAUGCUGACAAAUAUAUUGCAAGCUCCCAUGUCCUUCUUCGACACAACACCAACUGGCCGGAUUGCCAACAGGUUCUCUCAGGACAUUGAAGCCAUUGACACACUGAUGUCCCAUCUGAUAGAGAUCACAUUUAACACGUUCCUGAUGGUACUGAGCUGUGUGAUAGUCAUCUCCUACAGCACACCGAUAUUCCUGGCAGUCGUUGUCCCGCUCUUCAUCCUCUACUACUUCAUUCUGGUAUUCUACAUCGGAACAUCUCGGCAGCUGAAAAGGAUUGAGUCCAAAACCCGCUCCCCGAUAUACAGUCACUUCGGGGAGACACUGUCAGGGGCUAGCGUCAUUCGAGCAUUUCAGGAACAGUCCCGAUUCAUCCGGGCAUCCGAGGAGAGAGUAGACAAGAACCAGCGAUUUAGCUUCUAUUCGUUUUCGGCUCAACGAUGGCUUGGGUUCCGUCUGGAACUGUUAGGUAACGUCAUUCUGCUAGCCGCCUCCAUGUUUGCCGUGUCGUCACGUGACUCCCUCUCCGGUGGCAUUGUGGGUCUGUCGGUGUCGUACGCAUUGCAGAUAACAAGCAAUCUCAACUGGCUGGUGAGGGCGGUAACUGACCUAGAGACCCAGGUGGUGUCGGUAGAGAGGGUGGAGCAGUACAGUGGGAUAGAGUCCGAGGCAGGGUGGAGCAUACCCGAACGGCGUCCAGACGCCAGGUGGCCUCAGCAGGGUGUUGUUAGGUUCCUGGACUAUUCCACUCGGUACAGACAGGGACUGGACCUGGUCCUCAAGGGCAUAACCUGUACUGUCAACUCUGGGGAAAAGGUGGGCAUCGUUGGCAGGACGGGAGCGGGGAAGUCCUCUCUGACUCUGUCCCUGUUCCGGUUGAUAGAGGCUGCAGGAGGAGAGAUCAACAUAGAUGGCGUUGACGUCAGUACACUCGGGCUGCAUGAUCUCAGGAGCAAACUCACCAUACUACCUCAGGACCCUGUGUUGUUCGCAGGAAGUCUGAGAAGUAAUGUGGAUCCCUUCAACCAGUAUUCAGACGGAGAUAUCUGGCGGGCACUGGAACACGCGCAUCUGAAGAAGUUUGUGGACACGCUUCCAGAAGGCAUCGAGCAUGAGUGCAGCGAAGGAGGAGACAACAUGAGUGUUGGUCAACGGCAACUCUUGUGUCUGGCCAGAGCUCUUCUGAAGAAGACCAAGAUCCUGGUACUGGACGAGGCUACAGCUGCCGUUGACAUGGAAACAGAUGACCUGAUCCAGCAGACCAUCAGGUCAGAGUUCAAGGACUGCACAGUGCUGACCAUCGCCCACAGACUCAACACGGUCAUGGACUACGAUAGGAUCCUGGUCCUGGACAACGGCUGUGUGUGUGAGUUUGACACACCCUCCUCCCUGCUGCAACAGCCUGAUAGCAUAUUUUACAGCAUGGCCAAAGCUGCAGGGUUGACCUCAUAGUACAAACAUGGCCUUGUAGGCUUGCUGGUGUGUUCAGAUACAGAGAUCAGAAGAAAAUGCUCUAUGAAAGAAAUGAAACGAGGCUCCAUACACAUUGCUGGCACGACUGAGAAUAAAUAUGGUUAUUCAGUCAGGCUACCUUUUUUAUUCGUCAGCUUCAACAGAAGAGAAAUGGCGAAAUUGUAUAACAUUUUGUCUUAACUAGUGUAUUUUUCGUCUCGCUAUACUUCAUUUGAAAUAAAUGUCUGCGCUGAAAGUCGUCCCGUC